UCUCUCUCUCUCUCUCUCUCUCUCUCUCUCUCUCUCUCUCUCUCUCUCUCUCUCUUUCUGUUGGCCCAGGAAACGCACCCUGCCCCGCUACGCAGAACCCAGGACGACAGGAAGCCUCAUGCCUAAGCUGCGGGGUGCACCAUGGAUCUGACAAAGAUGGGCAUGAUCCAGCUGCAGAACCCCAGCCACCCCACGGGGCUCCUGUGCAAGGCCAACCAGAUGCGGCUAGCGGGGACGCUAUGCGACGUGGUCAUCAUGGUGGACAGCCAGGAGUUCCACGCCCACCGCACAGUACUGGCAUGCACCAGCAAGAUGUUUGAGAUCCUCUUCCACCGCAAUAGCCAGCACUAUACACUGGACUUCCUGUCGCCAAAGACCUUCCAGCAGAUUCUAGAGUAUGCCUACACGGCCACGCUGCAGGCCAAGGCUGAGGAUCUGGAUGACCUGCUGUACGCUGCUGAGAUCUUGGAGAUCGAGUACCUGGAGGAGCAAUGCCUGAAGAUCCUGGAGACCAUCCAGGCCUCCGAUGACAAUGACACGGAGGCCACCAUGGUAGAAGGUGGGGCCGAGGAGGAAGAGGACCGCAAGACCCGGUACCUGAAGAAUAUCUUCAUCUCGAAGCAUUCCAGCGAGGAGAGCGGCUAUGCCAGUGUGGCUGCGCCCAGCCUGGCAGGGCCAAUGGUGGACCAGAGCCCUUCUGUAUCCACCUCCUUCGGCCUCUCGGCCAUGAGUCCCACCAAGGCGGCCGUGGACAGCUUGAUGACCAUUGGACAGUCUCUCUUGCAGGGGACCCUGCAGCCUCCCGCAGGCCCUGAGGAGACUUCUCUAGCAGGGGGUGGGCGGCACCUAGGGGUUGCAGAGGUGAAGACGGAGAUGAUGCAGGUGGAUGAAGUGCCCAGCCAGGAGAGCCCUGGCACCGUCGACUCCAGCCUCUCUGGUGGCUUGGGGGACAAGGUGGAAGAGAGGGGCAAGGAGGGGCCGGGCACCCCCACUAGGAGCAGUGUCAUUACCAGCGCCAGGGAGCUGCACUAUGGGCGAGAGGAGAGUGCGGAACAGCUGCAGACCCCCUCUGAGGCCAGCCAAGGACCCCCGGGUCGCCCAGAACAUCCAGGGCCACCAACUGAGAAGGCCCUGGGCCUCUACUCUGUGCUGCCCAACCACAAGGCCGACGCCGUGCUGAGCAUGCCGUCCUCCACGUCUGGCCUCCACGUGCAACCCGCCCUCGCCGUCUCCAUGGACUUCAGCACUUACGGGGGGCUGCUGCCCCAGGGCUUCAUCCAGAGGGAGCUGUUCAACAAGCUGGGUGAGCUGGCUGUGGGCAUGAAGCCAGAGAGCCGGAGCAUCGGGGAGCAGUGCAGCGUCUGUGGGGUGGAACUCCCUGACAAUGAGGCCGUGGAGCAACACAGGAAGCUGCACAGUGGGAUGAAGACCUACGGCUGUGAGCUCUGCGGAAAACGGUUCCUGGACAGUUUGCGGCUGAGGAUGCACUUACUGGCUCAUUCAGCGGGGGCCAAAGCCUUUGUCUGCGAUCAGUGUGGUGCCCAGUUUUCCAAGGAGGAUGCGCUGGAGACACACAGACACGCCCACACAGGCACUGACAUGGCCGUCUUCUGCCUGCUGUGUGGGAAGCGCUUCCAGGCCCAGAGUGCGCUCCAGCAACACAUGGAGGUCCAUGCGGGCGUGCGCAGCUACAUCUGCAGCGAGUGCAACCGGACGUUCCCCAGCCACACGGCCCUCAAACGCCACCUGCGUUCACACACAGGCGACCAUCCAUACGAGUGUGAGUUUUGUGGCAGUUGUUUCCGGGAUGAGAGCACGCUCAAGAGUCACAAGCGCAUUCACACAGGGGAGAAGCCCUACGAGUGCAAUGGCUGUGGCAAGAAGUUCAGCCUCAAGCACCAGCUGGAGACACACUAUCGGGUGCAUACAGGAGAGAAGCCCUUCGAGUGUAAGCUCUGUCACCAGCGAUCCCGGGACUACUCGGCCAUGAUCAAGCACCUUCGCACACACAACGGCGCAUCGCCAUACCAGUGCACCAUCUGCACUGAGUACUGCCCCAGCCUGUCCUCCAUGCAGAAGCACAUGAAGGCGCACAAACCCGAGGAGAUCCCGCCCGACUGGAGGAUCGAGAAGACGUACCUCUACCUGUGCUACGUGUGAGGUCGGCUGGGAGUUGAGUAGGAGACGUCAUCAAAGGUUGACUGUGCAAAACAAAGGAAAAAGAAAAAAAAUAUAUAGAAAGAGAAGGAAAAAAAAAAAGGAAAAAGAAAAGCAUCCAGAGAGCUGUUGGGCCUCAACUUCUCUCCGGGGCUCCAGGUGACCCCGAUGCCAUUGCUCCCCUCCCUGGGGUACCUUCAUCCCCUGCACCCCGCUUUCCUGGCAGGAGGCUGGCCCAACUUUCCUGGGGCUGAGGAUGAGGGUUUAGUUCUGAGGGGAAUCUUCUUACCUCCCCAUCCUGAGGUGUCCAGAAACAUGCCAGGAAGAAGAGGUGUCCUGUUUAGACCCAGACAAUCUGCUGUCCCCCUGCUCACCGACCUUCCCCACCCUAGAGACGGGGCUGACAGGCAGCGGGAGGGCCAGGCUGGUCUGGGAGACAUGGACUCACUCAGAAUGUGGCUAUGGAUUUCUGGGUGCAGGUCGGAGCGAGAGGAGCUUCUCCUUUCUGUCUUAGUCCGCCCGCUGCUUCCUGCCCGCUGGUGCAUCUCUGGGCCUCCUGCCCUCUCCUUCAGCUGCUUGCUGGGGUCCUCCAGCCCCCCUUUCUGAGAACACACCUCAGAUUGGGGGGUUUCCCUCCCUUCCUGGCUGAGCCCCAUCGCCCUUCACAAGCGCAUUGCUACUGAGCUGCUUUGGCUUCUGAAAAGGAGAGGCAGGAGAAGGGGUAGUGACUGUCCCCCACGGCCAGCUGGGUCC